UCUAUUCAUAGUCACACAAGCACCGUACAGAAGCAGCCUCAAUCAUGGGAAAGAAAGCAAAAGUAGGAAAGGAUCGGCGGGAUAAGUUCUACAAACUUGCCAAGGAAUCGGGCUACAGGUCGCGUGCUGCUUUCAAGUUAAUUCAGCUGAACCGACGGUUCGGAUUUUUACAGCAAUCGCAAGUAUGUAUCGAUUUGUGUGCCGCUCCCGGCGGUUGGAUGCAGGUGGCCAAGCAAAACAUGCCCGUAUCGAGCAUCGUGAUCGGUGUGGAUCUGUACCCGAUCAAGAACGUGCCAGGAUGUAUCAGUCUUAUUGGCGAUAUUACCAGCGACAAAACGAAAUCGGAUUUGGCCAAAGAGCUAAAGACAUGGAAAGCGGACGUAAUACUGAACGAUGGUGCGCCGAACGUGGGCAAGAACUGGCUGCACGAUGCAUACCAGCAGGUCUGUUUGACGCUUAGCGCUGUUAAGCUGGCCACCCAGUUUUUGCGCCCCGGUGGAUGGUUCAUCACAAAGGUGUUCCGCUCGAAGGACUACAAUGCACUGAUCUGGGUACUGAAGCAACUGUUCCGCAAGGUGCACGCUACUAAACCAUCCGCUUCCCGUAAGGAGUCGGCAGAAAUUUUUGUCGUAUGCCAGUACUACAAAGCACCAGACAAGAUUGAUCCGCGCUUUUUGGAUUCGAAGUACGUGUUCGAGGAGUUGGACAUCCAGGCAAAUGACAUAUCGUCCAGCAACAUUCUGAAAGAUUUGGAGCGCAAAACGCCCAAGAAAGCCAAGGUGGAAGGGUACGAUAGUACGGAUGUGAGGAAGAUUGUAACCGCCCUGGAGUACAUGCAAAACGAUAAACCACUCGCACUGCUGAGCCGGGUGACGGAAAUUACGUUCACAGCUGCAGAUGAGGCGAUUGCCAACCAUCCGCGCACGACCACAGAGCUGAAGGAAUGCUGCAAAGAUAUAAAAAUUCUGGGCCGAAAAGAUAUUAAGGAACUUUUACGCUGGCACAAGCUGGUGAGUCCGGAGUUUUUAAAUCCAAGCGAGGAAAAGUCUGGCGAUGCUGCUAAGAAGGGUGCGGAUGGAGCGAAGGAUGACGAUGAGACGGAUGUAGACGAGGAUAUUGUAGAGUUGAAACAGAUCGAAAAGGAAAUUGCUUCUCUGCGGGAGGAAGAUGAACGCAGCUCGAAGCGAAAGCGCAAGAAGACCAACAAGGAGCGUGCGAAGCUAAACGAAAAGCUCAGCCUGAAGAUGGUGAUUAAAGGCGACGAAGGACCUACCGAACAGGGUGAGGAUGCAAUAUUCUCGUUGAAGGAUGUCGGUACCAAGCAGCAGCUGGAGAGCAUACUCGAUCAAGCUCCCGACCUUGUGGUGGAAGACGAAGAACAACCGGAAGAAGGUGCUGUGGUAGGGGUAGGCAAGGGGGGCCGAUACGUACGGUACGAUCGUGAAACGAAAGGUGAUCUGUACGAGGACGAAAAGCUGCUUGCAGAUGGUGGCGAUAGCGAACCCGAGACAGAUUCGGAUUUCGACGAGAAGGGCCUGGCGAUGGAUUCCGAUGAGGAGGAGCUAAGCUUCGAAGAGGACGAAGACAAUGUGGAUCCUUCGGAUGAUGAGGAUCGCAACCCGUUGAUCAACGAUCUGGAUUAUCGUAGCAAAACCGACAAACGGGUGCAGCGUGCCCAGCUGUGGUACGAACAGGAUGCGUUCAAAAAGCACAACCUUGAAACGAACGAUGAAGAGGUGGACUACGAUUUGGACAAACUGAUUGAGGCGUACAAGAAGGCCGGAGUGAAGGUGUUGGGUGCGGAAAAGGAUGAAAAGAACAAGGAGCCGCAAGGCAGGAAAGCACGCCGCCGGGCACGCCAUGAUACGGACAAGAAGGACACUUUAGAAGACAACGAUACAGGCAGCAGCUCGUCUUCGGAUGAAGGUGAGGAAGAUCCGUUGGAGAAAAAGAUCGGCACGAUGGUACACAAAACGGUGGAAACGGUUGGCGGCAAGGAUGGGAGCGGGUUUGAGAUUGUUUCAUCGGAAAAGGUGCGCAAAACGAAAAAGAUCAAACUAAACGAAGAGGAACUGGCGCUCGGACAGAUGUUGAUUGCGGGCAAAAAGAUGCGUCGCGAUAUCAUCGAUUCGGCUUUCAAUCGGUACAUGUUUAAUGAUGCCAAUCUACCGGAUUGGUUCGUGGCCGAUGAGCUAAGCACGAUGAAACGGAGUCUGCCCGUACCGGAGGAUGUGGUGGACAAGUAUCGCAAAUCAAAGGACGAGUUUAAUGUCCGUACGAUCAAGAAGGUGAUGGAGGCGAAGGCACGCAAGAAGCGACAUGCGACAAAACGGUUGGAGAAAAUCAAAAAGAAAGCGGAAACGAUCAUGGAUAAUGUGGACAACACGAACCAGGAGAAGAUUCGUCUGUUGAAGAAACUCUACAAAAAGGCAGACGCAAAGAAGAAGGAGGUAACGUACGUGGUGGCAAAGAAGACGGGCGUCAGUGGCAAGAAGGUGCGCCGUCCAAAGGGUGUGGAAGGUCGGUUUAAGGUGGUCGAUCCACGUAUGAAGAAGGAUCGCCGCGCUGAUGUGGCGAAGGAAAAGCGUGCCAAGAAGAGUGGCAAGGGCAAGGGUAGACUAAAUGCUAAGGCAAAAGCUGGUAACAAAGGUCGAAAGAAAGGAGUAUAG